UCCCUAGGUCUUCUUCUUCCGCCGCCUAAAAUCACGUAUAAAUAAAUUUUGUGUUGGGACGCCAAGAAAAUAACAAAAAUAAGCACUUAAACUACAAAUAAACAGAAAACAAUGGCCGAAUUCUCAGUGGAACGCGUCGAGGACAAGCGGACGGUGAACGGGCGCACGGAAUACUACCUGAAGUGGAAGGGCUAUCCGCGCAGCGAGAACACCUGGGAGCCGGUGGAGAAUCUCGACUGCCCUGAUCUGAUAGCCAACUUCGAGGAGUCGCUGAAGAACAACAAGAAGGAGACCAAGAAGCGGCUGUCCACCUCCUCCACGCCCGACUCCAUCCGCAGCAAGCGCAAGAGCUUCCUGGAGGACGAUACCGAGGAGCAGAAGAAGCUGAUUGGCUUCGAGCGCGGCCUGGAGCCAUCAAAGAUCCUGGGCGCCACCGACUCGUCCGGCCACCUCAUGUUCCUGAUGAAGUGGAAGGGCAGCGAUCACGCUGACCUGGUGCCCGCCAAGCUGGCCAAUAUCCGUUGCCCCCAGGUGGUCAUCCAGUUCUACGAGGAGCGCCUCACCUGGCACACGGGCAGCGGCAAUGGCAACAGCAACUCCGGCAAUCUGAUCUCCACGGGGGGAUUGGGCUCUGCCGGAGGCAGUGGCGCCGGCGACGAUACGGCUCCCGGCAGCGUGGGCACCACCGGCGGUGGCAGCAAUGCCGAUGGCGGCGAUGAGGAGGAACCCGAACCUGCCAGCCCCAUCGGCAGCAUCAACCAGGACGAGAACGCCAAGCCGGAGGAGAGCAGCGAAUUGGACAACGGCCAGCCGGACGCCGAUGACUAGUUGCGGAUGGCUGUUCCGGACUUACCCGCUUGUGUGCAUACAUACACGCCGUCUUAACAAACAUACGAUAUAUACAUAUUUGGUAGCGUAGCCUUUAAGCUUAACACGAUCGAUUAACUGAAGUUCUGGCGGAGAUUCGUUCCGCGGUAGUACAUACUUAAUCUAUAAGUUGAAAUGUGACUUUUUUUUUAAUAUCACUUUUUAAUUUCGAAUCCCCUGAAAGUUGUAGGAGCACAACAUGCGAAGUGUGAAAUACAAUUGUCCUGGCGUACAUGUUUAUCCGUAUGUGUAUGUUGCAAAGGACGAAUGGGGAGCGGCAUUAAUCGGCUUAAGUUAGGGAUCCUGACCAUCCAGUAAACCAUUUUUUUUGUACCACUGUAAAGUAACAAAGUUUGCACAUCGUACAAUUGGCAAUCUUUCCCUGUGGAAAUCAAAAGACGCCAAUUGUGCUGCCCACUUGGCUCCUUAAUGGCCAGGUUUUUAUCUACUUUUACGAAAGGCAGUUGUUAAGUUCCUUGUAAUCUCUUAAUUCAACUAACUUCGUUUUUUUAUUUUUUGCCUAGACUAACUUUGCAUUUUCAGUUGUUACUAUUUGUUCAAAAACAAAAACCUUAAACUUUGUAGAUUCCUAAGAAACCAAGCAUUUGUAUGAAUAAAAAAUUGAUGCGCAAGCAUCAGUAAAAAACCUUAAAUAUUGAUACUAAGAAUGAUUGUAUAUACUUGAGCUUUUAUGGAAAUCUCUUUAGAAGUUAGCAAAAAGUAUAUUAAAUGUUAAUACAGCUCUUUUCUACUUUUAAAUUUCUGUAACCCUAACUAUGUAUUUCUCAUUGGCAAUAUAGAGUUUAAAUACAAAUUUAA